UUAGACCACACUAUGGGACACAUUCGAUUUUUCGUCUGCCACGAUCAUGCAAGCGCCGCCUGGCGGGCCGCCACCGCCACCACCGUGGUUCUCUGCUGCGCGAUCGGGCUCAUAUGCUCCGCCACCGCGCGCCUUUCGCCCGCCACCACCGCGCGCCUAUGGCCCACCGCCGCUGCGUGCGUACGCUGCGCCACGAUUUGUGGAUCCGGACGCUGUCUGGGUCCAGCAGUUUGAGGCGCGCCAGGCGCGGACGCCGCCAGCACCACCCAUGACUGUGCAGGACGUGCGCGAGAAGCUCGCGUGGGGCCUUCAGACCGUGCGCGAAUGCAAACUCCUCCAGCAAGAUCUCGCGCACUUGGCCGCGACAUGGCCGCACGACGACGACCGCGCAACGACGCGCACCAAGCUGCAAUGGGACCGACGCUGUGCGACGUUGGACAGCCACAUGGAGAAGCUGCGCGCUUUUCACGCUUCGUUCUUUGAGGACAGCGACGCGUUUGCAGCGCACCGCCGGCUCGUCCAACGCGUGGCCAAGAAGACGAGGUACCGAAAAGCGCUGCGCCAGCGACGAAAGGCCGAAGCUAUCAUUGCAAAAGGGCUGCAACCCCCAAAGGCAGACGAGCUCGCGUUGCCAACCGAGUCGACAACGCCCAUGGAUCCAGCAACAACGACGGAGGAUGCAGUGCCACAACCCUCCAACCAGCAGCAAAUGAAGCAUGAGGCCUUGAGCAAGCGGCUGCGACUGCUUCUGGAGCUCAAGAAGCAGCGGAGUGCCCAACUAACCGCCGACGAUGUGGCCGCGCAAACCGAGGCCAGUGAGGUCCUCGCGGCACGAGACGCGCUCAUGGCGGCGCGCAAACGCCCGCCACCACCACCACUUGCUGUGGAUGAGCAGCAGAGUCCAGUGGCGCCAAAGACAAUCGCGUUCCCUUUGCGAGCGGCCAAAAUGACCAUGGAAAGCCUCGUCGCUGUUCGGUUUGCAUGGGACGCCUUCUUGGUCUACGACGGCACGGGCACUCGCAUUCCGCCGUACAUGGUCGAUCCGCCCGCCGAGCCCUCGGAAGGGUGGCAGCUUUACUACCACCAACAAGAGUCCACAGCGACAGCACUGUGAUGGUCGACAUGCUCACGCAACAACAUUAACGAUAAUCGAGUGGCCCCACCUCUGUGCCGAGUUUUUUGCUGGGCUGCUUUUGGCAAGGCUACGACGGCCAUUCUGCAUGCUCGAGCUACAGAGCAUAGCUACAUCACCAUCCCGCGACGACCAAAAGCCAGCUCCAGCAUUGGCAAUUCUGGCUAUCAUCCCAAUCAUCCGGAUAUAACGAUUGUUUCCGGAUAUAUGGGCAAGGUCACACACUUUUGAUAAGGCCAGGGGGCUGCUUCAUUUUUAUCGUGGCCUACCCGCCCCCGACCCACACCAUGUCGCAGCGAUUGAUUGUCCUAAUGUAAUUCAAACUAAAAAAGGUCUACCUACC